AUUACAAAAAAUAAACAUUUUCUUCUUCCUCAAACAACACUAAACAAUGCCAGUUACAGCAGCAACAGCUUUACACUCAACUCUCUGUUUCUCAUCCCAAACACCUUCAAAUGCACACAACCCACUCACCAACUUAUCAGCAAAGCCAACCAAAAGCCUCCUCCACAAGCACCCCCUCUACACCCCACUCCAAACCAACAUAACCACCCAAAUUCAAGAGAAAAUCCUAUGCCUAGAGAUCAUGGGAAUCGACUCCGGCGAAGCGUUAUCUCAAAACCCGCAUCUCCAUUCCGCUUCGCUCGAUUCAAUCCACGCAAUCAUCUCGUUUCUUCACUUGAAAGGCGUCCGACAAAGCGACUUGGCGCGAAUAUUCGGCAUGUGCCCUCAACUCCUCACCUCCAACGUAAAAUCUGACCUCACCCCAGUCUUUGAUUUCUUGCAAUACAAUCUAAAGGUGCCCGAAAAUAAUUUUCGGAAAGUUGUUAAUAAGAAUCCAAGGCUGCUUAUAUGUAGCGUUAGAGACCAGCUUAAACCGUGUUUAAACUAUCUUCAAAGACUUGGGUUUAAAGACUUAGGAAAUUUAGCUUAUCAAGAUUCUAUAUUGUUGGUUUCUAAUGUGGAGAACACAUUGGUUCCUAAGCUUAAGUAUUUGGAGAGUAUUGGAUUGUCUGAAGAUGAGGCUAUUGGUAUGGUUUUGAGAUGUCCUUCAUUGUUUACUUUUAGUGUAGAGCAUAAUUUUAAGCCUAAGUUUGAGUAUUUUGUUGAGGAAAUGAAGAGGGAUUUGGAGGAGUUGAAGGAGUUUCCUCAGUAUUUUUCUUUUAGUUUGGAGAAUAGGAUUAAGCCAAGAUAUUUGGAGAUUAGUGAGAGUAGAGUUGAGAUGUCUUUGGCAGUUAUGCUUAAGAGUACUGAUGAAGAGUUUAAAGAGUUGCUUAGUGGAGGAGGUGGAUAAGAUUAGUUGUGAAAUUUUUUUUAGGUUUAUUUGUACUUUUUGUAAUUGGCAUUUUUUUGUCAUUUGUAAAUUUGGAAUGUGAUUUACUAAUUUGUAUAAUGUAUGCUUGAGUGGAAA